AUGCCGACUAUAUGUAUUUCGGAGAUUCUAUCCAAAAAGGCCAAUGGUGGGUCUCUCUCUCCGGCUGAGAUUGAUCACUGCAUCAAGGAGGUUGUGGAGAACAAAAUUGACAUUGCUCAAAUUGGUGAAUAUUUGUUCCACUUUUAUAUACCUUUUAUUUUUUAUGGUGCCUUCUUGAUGGCCGUGUUCACGAGGGGCAUGACACCAGAAGAAGUGGCAAAUCUGACAGCUGCUAUGGUGAGCCACAGUGACAAGUUUCGCUGGAAUGAUCAACAGUGGGCAAAAUCGGUUGUUGAUAAGCAUAGUACGGGUGGUGUGGGCGACAAGACAAGUCACAUUCUUGCCCCAAUGAUUGCAGCUUGUGGUGGAAAGGUUCCGAUGAUUAGUGGUCGAGGAUUGGGUGUCACCGGUGGUACGAUUGACAAGUUGGAAUCCAUUGACGGCUACUCGGCGAGCAUUGGCGAGGAGAAGUUAAAAUCCAUGCUUAAUGAUGCUGGUUUCUUCAUAGUCGGUCAAACGGAGCGUCUGGUUCCUGCUGACAGACAGCUCUACAAGUAUCGUGAUGUCACAGGAACUGUGGCAUCUGUGCCUCUCAUUACGGCUUCAAUUUUAUCAAAAAAGCUCUGUGAGGGUCUUCGUGGGCUGGUGAUGGACAUUAAAUUGGGCUCUGGGGCUCUGUUUCAGAACCUGGAGGAGGUUCGCGAGCUUGCCAACAGUCUUGUAACAGUUGGACGAAAAUUAGAUCUAAAAGUGGUAGCAGUGAUUUCAUGGAUGGAUCAACCGUUGGGCAGUUGCAUCGGAAAUGCCCUUGAAAUGGCAGAGGUAUUCUCAAUCCUCAGUGGUGGUUCAUUCCAAGGUCGUCUGCGCGAACUUGUACUCACGUUGGGCGAGAACAUGAUGCAGGCGGCGGAGAUGGCGACGGAUAGGGCGAAAGCACGAGGCAUGAUGCUGGAGGCGGUGCGAGAUGGCAGAGCACGGACGAUGAUGCGGAAGAUGCUGGUGAGUCAGGGUGUGAAUGCAACAAUGGCAGAGGCGCUUUGUUCACCUCCUCCACCCGACUGUGCUGAUGCCAUCGACUACUACCUCGAGGUGAUGGGCAAGAUGGCGAAUGGGAAGAAGGAUGUGAAGUCGCCGAGGACAGAUGUCCACGACUUGCCUGUCUGCCACGUUCUUGAUGCUUCUCCCUCCACUGUUGUCUCCUCCAUCACUCAGUAUUCCAUCAUCUGUGGUCUCGUUGUCACCUUUGUAGGGUACAUCAGUGACAUUGACGCGGGAACGAUAGCUCAGGUGGUUUGGCGUCUGGGCGCAGGUCGGGACAAGCCAGACGACGCAAUCGAUCACACUGUCGGUAUUCGUCUUCUCAAACACGUUGGCGACUCAGUCAAGACCGACAUGGCUGUAGACGUAGCAAAGACGGACACAUUGACCUGUUGGCUGGACGGACGAUUACAUUAUCUUACGAAGGUACAAAAUGCUGCGUCAAAUAAUGUGCAUAGGGUGGAGGUGGAGGUGGAGUUGGAGGUGGAGGUGGAGGUAAUGUAG